AUGGCUCUGUUCCGCGCGCGGCUCGGCGGGUUCUUAGCGGGAUUCGCGGUGGCGUCGGCAGGAGCGAUGUACCUUCUACAACGAGAUCUCUUAGCUAGUCAUAAAGUGCUCACGGAACAGGCGGAGGGGUACAACGCUGCAGUGGAGGCUCGUCUGGCCCGACUGGAAAACCUGACAGCUUCCCUGGCGGAUGCACAGUCACACAGCCAUCAGACUGCUGCCGAGGCUCAACAGUAA